AAACUGACGCAAGCUAAGCGCUCUCUUGGCUUGUCUCUCUCUCUCUUUUUCCAUCUGACCCCUCCCCUUCCUAUAUGCUUCGCUGUGGGCGCUUGUAGCGUCUUACUCAGAGUGUAUGUAUGUCUCUUUGAGUGCAGGCGUGUGUGUGUGGAGCUGCCUUCGUUGCUGAGUCUUCUUCUUCGUGGUUUGCUUCGCCGCCGCCGCCGUCGUCGUCGUGGUUGUUGUUGUUUUAUGCAAGGUCGUUUGCGUACAAAAUUCAACAUUAUUUGAAGGUCGUCCUUUGCUUGUUCUGCGUUCUGCGCGUCGCUUCUUAUUCGCUAUCACUCGCCCGCUCUCUCUCCCUCUCUCCUUCUGGCUGGGUUUGAUUAUCCCUCUCUUUCGUGUUCUCAGUUUUUCUUGGUGCAGUGCGUGGGUUGUUGUCCCCGCUAAACGCAAUAAACUCUACUUCGGGGUCGAUUGGGUUCAGCUUUACAAUGUAACGCAUCUUUUGCGGUACCUGGUAAUUUAUAAAAACAAGUCUGAAAGUAAUGCAAAUUUUUAUUUUUUAGCAGUAAAUCAUAAUACUCUGUACAUAUUCAUGCAGUAGAUAUGUACAUAAUUGAUUGUCGGCCAGUUUCGACCGAUCCUUGGACAUCCUUGGAAAUUCCAUAUAUGUACAUAUGAGCAAAUAUCAUUUCGGAGGAUACAGACAGAAAAUAAGUCGUAGAAAAGUCUUCAAAUGUUUUGCACUUAAUUUCCGAUCAUCUCAUCUGCCCAAUCUCACAACUCAUGUGUCCACUAAAAGACCACAGCAGAGUGGCCCUGGGUUAUUGUACCCUAAAUUUAUGAUAAUUCCAUCCAUCCCAUCGGCUUUGCGGCUCUUUCGCUUGGCCGAUUGCUUCAUCGCUCGUUUGUUCCAUCGCCGCGGGUCGAUGACAUUUUUCGUUGCUGGCCCAUAGCCUAUAAGUCGUACGUAUGUAUGUAUGUACAUUCAUUUGUAUGGAUGUAUGUAAGUAUGUAUGUAUGUAUGUAUGUAUGUUCAUAGUACGUAUGUAUGUAUCGAGCUAUUGUUUGUGUCCAAAGCGGAAUGGGGAGACCAGAAGGGAGGGGGAGUGGGUACGGAUUGGUCAGCGCAGCGCUGAUAAGGAGUGAAUGAGCGAAAUUACGCUAACCGCCUCGAACGGUUCUUUGAAGCCGAACCCAAUUAGCAUAAGUGCCGGUGGAAGGUCGGGCAAGGUCGCCAGGGUGGGUGGCUGCAGGGUGGCAUUGACCUCGUUGCCGACCGUAUGCCCUCCGCAUUCCCGUGAAAGGCCUUUGUUCGCGUUGCUAGGCAAUCGAGAGAACCCAUUUAAAUAGAAUUGUGGGAGAAGCCCAGCCGGAAAAAGUUUCCAGAGUCGGUGGCAAACUGGUUGUUUUACAACACAAUGGAACUGCAUCAGCGACACCUCUCCAACUUUUACAAACUGCACAACUGAGAGCCCAGAGCCGUUGAUUAGUGAGCCAUUCUCAGGAGAAACGAGAUCCCCGAGGAGGAGCAAGCAACAUGCCCAACAUGUCCAGCAUAAAAGCCGAGCAGCAGAGUGCUCCGCUCGGAGGACCCGGCGGCUACCAACUGCCGGUCAACAUGUGCACCACCGCCGUGGCAACCACGACGCCCCUGGCCGGAGGAGCCAGCGGACCCCGGCACAACGUGUCCGUGACGAACAUCAAGUGCGAGCUGGACGAGCUGCCCACGCCGAACGGGAACCUGGUGCCGGUCAUCGCCAACUACGGCCACGCCAGCCUGCGCAUUCCGCUGGGAGGGCAGCCGGCGGGCGGCCACGAGGAGGAGUCCGACUCGGAGGCGGAGCUGGCGAACAUCGAGAGCCUGAAGGUGCGUCGCAGGACGGCGGCGGACAAGAACGGGCCGCGGCCGAUGUCCUGGGAGGGCGAGCUGAGCGACACCGAGGCCAACGGGGCCGGGGAGCUGAUGGAAAUGGAGCCGGCGAUCAAGAGCGAGGUGGUCGCCGCCGGCACGCCCCUGCAGCCCGCCUGCGCCCUGCAGCCGAUCAAGACGGAGCUGGAGAACAUCGCCGGGGAGCUGCAGCAGCAGGGCAAGUCCUACCCCAUGUCCACCUCCCAGUCGCACUCGGCGGCGGCGCUCAAGACGAAGCUGGCGCCGACGCAGAGCGACCCGAUCAACCUCAAGUUCGAGCCGCCGCUGGGCGACAACUCGCCGUUGCUGGCCGCCCGCAGCAAGUCGAGCAGCGGGGGCCACCUGCCGCUCCCCGCGAACCCCAGCCCCGACUCCGCCAUACAUUCCGUGUACACACACAGCUCGCCCUCGCAGUCGCCGCUCACCUCGCGCCACGCCCCCUACACGCCCUCGCUGAGCCGCAACAACAGCGACGCCUCGCACAGCAGCUGCUACAGCUACAGCUCCGAGUUCAGCCCCACCCACUCGCCGAUCCAGGCGCGGCACGCCCCGCCCGCAGGCAGCCUGUACGGCAACGGGGGCGUGCACCACCACGGCGUGCUCUACCGGCCGCUCAAGGUCGAGGCCUCGUCCACAGGCCCACCGGGCGGGGGGCAGGGGGGGCAGGAGGCGCAGAACCUCAGCAUGGACGCGGCAUCCAGCGGAGCCGUGGACGCCGUGGGAUCGGGCUCCUCGCUGCCGGCCUCCCCGGCGGGCAUCUCGCGCCAGCAGCUGAUCAACUCGCCGUGCCCCAUCUGCGGGGACAAGAUCAGCGGCUUCCACUACGGCAUCUUCUCGUGCGAGUCCUGCAAGGGCUUCUUCAAGCGCACCGUGCAGAACCGCAAGAACUACGUGUGCGUGCGCGGCGGCCCCUGCCAGGUGAGCAUCUCCACGCGCAAGAAGUGCCCGGCCUGCCGCUUCGAGAAGUGCCUCCAGAAGGGCAUGAAGCUCGAGGCGAUCCGGGAGGACCGGACGCGCGGCGGCCGCUCCACGUACCAGUGCUCCUACACGCUGCCCACCUCGAUGCUCAGUCCGCUCCUCAGUCCGGACCAAGCGGCAGCGGUGGCCAGUCAGCAGCAGCAGCAACAGCAGCAGCAGCAGCGGCUGCAUCAGUUGAACGGCUUCGGGGGCGUGGCCAUUCCCUGCUCGACUUCCCUGCCAGCGAGCCCCAGCCUGGGGGCAGCUUCCAUCAAAUCGGAGGAGGCGGCGGAGACGGGCAAGCACGUCCUGCGAACCGGAAGCGUACCGCCCCUGUUGCAGGAAAUCAUGGAUGUCGAGCACCUUUGGCAGUACACCGACGCCGAGCUGGCCCGGAUCAACCAGCCCCUGUCCGCGUUCGCCUCGGGCAGCUCCUCGUCGUCCACCUCGUCCGCAGGAUCUUCCGGCAGCAACGCGCAGCCGCAACCGCAGCUGACCAAUCCGCUGCUGGCCAGCGCAGGUCUCUCGUCCAACGGCGAGAACGCCAACCCCGAUCUAAUCGCCCACCUGUGCAACGUGGCCGACCACCGCCUCUACAAGAUCGUCAAAUGGUGCAAGAGCCUUCCGCUCUUCAAGAACAUCUCGAUCGAUGACCAGAUCUGCUUGCUCAUAAACUCGUGGUGCGAACUGUUGCUCUUCUCCUGCUGUUUCAGGUCGAUCGACACCCCCGGCGAGAUCAAAAUGUCGCAGGGCCGAAAAAUAACCCUUUCACAAGCAAAAACUAAUGGCCUGCAGACCUGCAUUGAACGGAUGCUCAAUCUGACGGAUCACCUGCGGCGGUUACGCGUUGAUCGCUACGAAUACGUCGCCAUGAAGGUGAUUGUGCUGCUGCAGUCAGAUACGACGGAACUGCAGGAGGCGGUGAAGGUGAGGGAGUGCCAGGAAAAGGCGCUGCAGAGCUUGCAGGCCUACACCCUGGCCCAUUAUCCCGACACUCCGUCGAAGUUUGGAGAGCUCCUGCUGCGCAUUCCCGACCUGCAGCGAACGUGCCAGCUGGGCAAAGAGAUGCUGACGAUCAAAACUCGCGAUGGGGCCGACUUCAAUCUACUAAUGGAGCUCUUGCGCGGAGAACAUUGACAAUUGAUUACAGAGAGGAAGAGCUGCUGCCGCUGGCAACAGAAUUUUUACAUAUUUAGUAUUAGAUACGUAUCUUCUAGGGAUAAGUUCUCUACUUAUAAGCUCUGAAAACAUGUGCCUAAAAACCAAAGCCACGAUAGCAGCCACAUCAAGCCCACUGGUCGAAUUUGAAUCUAAGCGCAAGAUUGCCAAAUUUUUACACCAAUAUAUAUUUUGAUAUAAGCCAUGUGCAGGGCCCUGGAUUGCUGUUGUUGUCGGCUAGAGUUUCAGUAAGAAAAGUAUAUAUUGAUUUUGCUAUAUAUACAUAUUUGACUUAUGUAUAGUGUAAACUAAAGCACACAUGGAAAAUGAAAAGACUAAACAAAUUUAUUUAAAA